CUUCCUGUGUUCUCCAAGGUAUCAGUUCAGUGCCGUAGGGCUAGAAAGAAUGAUGGUACCUUUACAGUGGAUAAGAAUAGUUUUUUUAUGGUGCAUGCUAAUAGAUGUCACUAUCUCCAAAGGAAAAUGGAAUAUCACGUUGCAACCACAGACAAUUAAUGCCACAAAGUCCAGUAACAUCAGUAUUACCUGCCAUGUGACAUAUCCUGAAGAAUGCAAAGAAAUUCAAGGGUUCUGGAAGGAACAUGGAAACGCAAGUAUGAUAAUAAACAGCAAGGACAAAAGGAGGUUUAUUCUGCAUCAUAAUGACUCAUUUGUGAUUAGGCAUUUUCGGGGAAGAACCAAACUCCUUGGAAAUCUCCAAAACAAUAACUGUUCUUUGUCAAUCAUCAAUAUCCAAGAAGAAGAUAAGGGGAAGUACUACUUUAGACUGGAGAGUAAACAUGAUAGUUAUAGCUUUCAGAAAAACCUGGUUAUAAUUAAUGUCAUAGGUCUUACUCCUGAUUCUACAAAGCAGACCUUUCCCGACCUUAAAUCAACUAUGGAUCCAAUUUCAACUAUGGAUCCAAUUUCAACUAUGGAUCCAAUUGAGUCGACUCCAGUGUCUAUUGUCAUUUCUGUGUCUAUUACCAUUAUUGUGGCUGGAAUUGUAGCUGUGCUUGCAUUUCUCUGCAGACGAAGAAGAAGAGGAAGGAACACUUUCAAACAUGACUCAAAUUACUACAAAAAUUUUGAAAUGCCUCAUGGAACACAACCUGAUAUGCAAGACAUGAACGAGAAGGAUAACAAAGAACAGGAGCCACCACACACACCUAAAGAUGAACCUAUUUAUAACAAUGUACAGGAGUAUCACGAGGAGGCCAUGCUGGACUGUGAUGAAAUGGACACUUUAUACUGUAAUGUUGGUGUACUGAUGUCUGAUCUCAUAAGCUCCAAGAACUACAGUGGUCAAGAUAUAUAGAUAUGAUUCUACUACAUGCACAUCUGCUGUAUACUGAGUAAACACAUCUAUUUUAGAAUUUACUUUAAUCUGCAUUCUCAAAUGGUAAUUAUUUAAUAUUAUGUAAGUAUUAAAUAUUACUUGCUUGCUAGUACUCAUGCAUGUAUGUCAACGUAGAUGACAUUUUGUAAAAUGAUUACUGUAUAUUUUUAAAAUAUUGUUUAAUCUAGAGUGUGUACUUUUUUGGUAUAUUUCUCAUGUUUAUCUACUAUUAUUAUAUUUUUAUGAUGUAUCUUAAGCUAUGUGAAAUAAUACAUUAAUCAAGAGAUUUUAAAUGUUAUGAAACAGAACACAUCUAAUUGAUGAUUGCAUAUUGUUUGUUGAAGUUCAUUGAUUACAAAAUUCAAAGAGGACUGAAGAGCAUAUUGCAAUGUUGUUAAAGGUUUUUCAUUUAAUAAU